AUGAUUCGCGCCAUAUCAAUUACGUGUAGUGCAGCGCUCGUACAAGACACGCUUUCCUCUCGUUACAGAGGCUUGCAAGAUCUGAAAACGUGUAACGUCCGACCAAGUGACGUUUGCGUACCAAAAGGAGGCGCUAUCGACUUGUUUUGGAUCAAUACGAUUGGGAAAAAUGCCUGUCACAAAGAAAAGCCUGUCUACUUUUCACGGUACAAGGACGGGAUCGACAACCUCCUCACUAAAAAGUGCCUAUACAUGCUCACAUUGUCAUCAUCAGGAAAUGAGCUUACGCAAAGGGAGUACUGUGGUCGUUUGCUGGUGACGGGGGAGCCUGCGUUGCGAACUGGGUUGUCAUUCGUACUACCGCGCGGGUCGAAUAUGACGAGUCACCUCAGUGAAAAGACAGUGUUUUUGACUGAUGCGGGCGUGCUCCCCACUCCAGAAAGGUACUUGCGAGCUACUGGAAAGUGUCCAGAGCAGAAUCUUACACUCAAUGUGGAAAAGUUGCGCUUCUUCUUCUACAUGGCGUUCUCUGCAUGCUUGUUCAUUUUUCUAGAGAUGAUACUUGACUCGCAGCAACCACCGAGUCUCGAGGCAUCCAAGCUAGAGAACGGUAGUGGUAGUUGA